UGUGCGUGGGGGAGAGGAUAUAUAUGCUGGUGUGGCUGAGACAGCGGAACCGAGCCUCGCAUCCAUCGGAGGGAGCCGGGGACUGACAGCUCUCAGCACCUGCUUCCUGCUCCUGCACCAUGAAAGUCCUGCUUUGUGACCUGCUGCUGCUCAGCCUCUUCUCCAGUGUGUUCAGCAGUUGUCAGAGGGACUGUCUCACAUGCCAGGAGAAGCUCCGCCCAGCCCUGGACAGCUUCGACCUGGAGGUGUGCAUCCUCGAGUGUGAAGAGAAGGUCUUCCCCAGCCCCCUCUGGACUCCAUGCACCAAGGUCAUGGCCAGGAGCUCUUGGCAGCUCAGCCCUGCCGCCCCAGAGCAUGUGGCGGCUGCUCUCUACCAGCCGAGAGCUUCGGAGAUGCAGCAUCUGCGGCGAAUGCCCCGAGUCCGGAGCCUGUUCCAGGAGCAGGAAGAGCCCGAGCCUGGCAUGGAGGAGGCUGGUGAGAUGGAGCAGAAGCAGCUGCAGAAGAGAUUUGGGGGCUUCACCGGGGCCCGGAAGUCGGCCCGGAAGUUGGCCAAUCAGAAGCGGUUCAGUGAGUUUAUGAGGCAGUACUUGGUCCUGAGCAUGCAGUCCAGCCAGCGCCGGCGCACCCUGCACCAGAAUGGCAUCCAGGUGAUCCCCCAAACAGCAUGUGUCCAGCCCCAGACCUGCCGCCUGGGAAUCAGGAUUCCUUCUUCCCCAAGGCACUGAGCGCCUGCAGAUCCGGCAGGCUUCCUUCGCCUCCAGAACCUCCCUGUCUGAUUGUUCCUCCCCAGCCCCCUGGCAUGUUUCACCACAACCCUGUUGCUACAUCAGAGUGUAUUUUUGUAAUUCCUCUAGCUACCAUUUCAAUGGCCCCAUCUCUCCUGCUCACCCGCCUCUUGCCCCUUCUAGGGCAAGGAAUAGGAAAUAGGAAUUUGAAAUUGAACCUGGGGUUUUGACUCGCCACUGCCAUAACUUGUUUGUAAAAGAGCUGUUCUUUUUGACUGAUUGUUUUAAACAACGAUUUCUCCAUUAAACUUCUACUGAGCAAAUGGUUAAUAAA